AUUGUUCUGUCAAAUUCAGAUCUGGACCGGUCUGUGUUGUGUUAAAUUUGUUAUUUGACGUUGCGCCGAUAUUGACGAGAAUUUGGAAUAUACCUUCCAAACAAAGCUGUAUUCUAAACAGAUACAAUAUUCGAAGUAAUAUCAUUAUUUGAGAGUUUAUGACAUUAUAACAUAAGCAGUAAAAUGUCGGAUAGUAUGUGGCAUGAGGCUAGACGCCAAGAACGUAGAAUCAAGGGAAUGCUGGUUGAUUAUCGUAGACGAGCUGAAAGAAGACGAGACUUUUAUGAAAGGAUAAAAGCAGAUCCCACUCAAUUUUUGCAAGUUCACGGCAGACAAUGCAAAAUACAUUUAGACCCUUCUAUAGCAGCAGCCGCAGACAGUUCCACAGCAAUGAUGCCUUGGCAGGGAGAUUCUGAAAACUUGAUUGAUCGUUUUGAUGUGAGAGCGCACUUGGAUUUCAUCCCUGCAGUUAAAAAAGAAGAAGAACAAGAGCUUUCUCAAGAAGAAAGACAGUUAAAUUAUGAGAGAUACAGAAUUAUUGCUCAAAACUCGUUCUUAAGCUUAUCUGAAGAAAAAUUCUUGAAACAAUUGCAUAUUGAAGAACAAUUUGGUUACACUGAAAAUAAAGAGAAAAGAAAAGAAAGAGCUGCUGGCGUAGCAAUUGGUUUUAACUAUGAGGAUGGCACUGGUACAAGUUUACCUCAGCCGGUGUCUGACAUGAAAGAUGGUGAUUCAGAACAUUCAGACAGUGAUUUGGAUGUGGAUCUGUCUAUCAAUGUUUCAAAGAUGGACCCUUCUGAAGCACAUGAAAUGAACCGCCACGGGAGAAAUUAUGGCAUGAGUUCAAAUGAUUUCUAUUCCUUCCUCAUAAAAGAUUUAGACGAAGCAGAGAGUUACAGGUUGGCCAAAGAAGAAGAGCAUGAAAAAGCUUUGUAUGCUGGGAGAAAAUCUAGAAGGGAGAGAAGAGCCCAUAGAGAGAAACGUUUAGCGAAUAGGGUUAUAAGUCCACCAAGUUAUGCAGCUCGGAAAUCACCUGAUUAUACAGCAUUUAGAGAGAGUAAAUCACCUUCAAAAUCACCAACUCCUGAUAAUGCAGGCAAAAUUACUUAUAUAACUUCAUUUGGAGAAGAAGAAGAACCACCGCCAAAGCCAACUUAUGCAGAUAAAGUCAAACUUGGUAAAUCGAAAAAGAGAGAAACUAGCAGUGAGAGGUUGAUUUACAUAGCCAAAUCCAAUGAUUCUUCCAUCAGAAAGAGAUCCCAUAGUCGAGGUCCUAGAAGUAGUUCAAAACAGAGACGUUCAAAAUCCAGAGAAAGGUAUCGAAAACGAUCCAGGACACGAUCUAGAUCUUCCUCUGCAAGCAGAAGAUCUUCUUCCCGAAAGAGAGUUUUCAGAGGGAGAAAAUCGAGUUCAUCAAGUUCAAGUUCGAGUUCCAGUCCAAAUCCAAGAAAACGGAGUAGAUCGUCAAGCAGUUCGUCGUCCAGCUCUAGCCAAACACUAGAACCGAGAAUCAGCCGAUCGAAAUCUAAGAGUCCUUCGGUUAAGAAGGAGUCUCCGCCCAAACAGAUUCCUAGAUAUUACGGCAGGAGAAAAAGUGAUCUGAGUUCCUCUGACUUGAGUGACUCGGAUGUUAAUGAGAAAGAGGAAAAGGAAAUGACAAGUUCAAAUAAGGCAGGAUAUGGUAAUUCAGGCUCAUCAUUCAAAAAAUCUGCAGGUACAACACAAAGUUCCUCAGCCCUUUCUUUUCAAGAACGUCUUAAGAGGAAACGACAGGCUCUACUCAAUAAGCAGUUUAAAGCAGAUAAGAUAGCUGAAAUGACGAAAGCCGAGAGAGAAAAACAGGAACAGCAAACUAGAGAAGAUGAAUUGAGAGAAAUGGGUAUUAAGCUGAGAAAAAGGCAGAGGGAAAAAAGACAUGCUUACGAUAGCGACAGCUCAGGAUCUACCCACUCGAGUACAGUCCGUAGUAGAAGUCCCAAAAAAGAGACGGAGGAAACUAAGAGUCGAGAGAGUCGAAGCCCGAGUCCAAAAAAAGAAGAAGUUGACCAUAGAAAACGUUCAAACAGAUCUGAAGAAUCCAGAGAAACGCAAACUAGGCGAAAAUCACCUGCAAAAUACGAAGAGAAAAGAGUUGUUUAUGUUGAAGAUAAAGAUAGAUAUGAGAAAGGUAGGAGAACAGACAGGGAUAGAAGAGAUGACAGAGAUAGGAGAGACGACAGGGAUAGACGGUUUAAUAGGGAUAGAAGGGAUGAUAGAGGUAGAUGGGAUGACAAAGAUAGGGAUAGGAGGAACGAUAGGUUCGACAGAGACAAAAGAGAUGUUAGAAGUCGUAGAGAUGAUAGAGACAGGAGAGAUUGGCGAAGUCGGGAAUCGUCUAGAAGAGACAGAUAUGAGGAAAAUAGUGAUAAUGAUACAUAUUCUAAUCCAAAAUCACAAAGGUCACUUGUUGAUUAUUAGUGGUAUUUUUCUUGAACAAGUUCUUCCUACAAAACUUUCUGAAGUUCUAGAUACAAUUGUGUAUAUAAUCGAUUUUCUCAAAUAUGUGUAAUUUAUGGAUAAGUAUUAUUUUAUUCUUUUGAUCAUAAAUUAAGUUUAGAAAGGGAAUACAUACAAAUUUUUCUAAAUUAAAUGGUUGGGAAUAAUUAAAGACGAAGUAAAGGUUUGGCAAAUUUGAGUUUGGCAAUUGCUUUUUAAUUUUUUUCAUGAUUCUUCAUGUUGUGUACAGGUUUCAACUUCAAACAAUAAAUGCUAUUAUCAUUU